AUAUAAGCCUGAGGUGGCGGACGGGGAAGAAAGACGGUUGAAAAAAGCCGCUCGGCAGCGCGCAGGCGCGUCAACCGCUUUCCUCGUGUUUCGGAGAGCGGUGGCGGCCGUUGGCGUCUCCGGCCAGGCGCGCGCAGCAGAAGGAGGGUACGGAUGGCGUCCCCGCCGCUGGCCCCAGAGCCAGGCGGCGACGCGCCGUCGGAGCAGGAGCGGCUGUUGCGGCGCGGGGAGCUGCUGGCGCUGGGCAACCGCCUGAAAGAGGCGCUGGAGGCGUACUCGGCAGCGCUGCGCCUCGGCCCGCCGCUGGUCCCGACCUCGCGCCGCCGCCUGGGCACGCUGGUGGACUGCCUGGUGCUCCACUACCGCCUCCGGCUCACGGACGACAGCGGAGGGGCGCCGGCGGGACUGUUCUGCUGCUGCGGCUGCCGGGGCUUCCUGGGCGAGCCGGUGGUGGCGCCGUGCGGGCACGCCUACUGCCGCCGCUGUCUGCGCGAGGGGCUCCGCGCCCGCUGCCGCCUGUGCGGCCAAGCCCUGGGGGCGUCUACCGUCGUCGCCGUCGUCCUCGGACAGUUGUCGGAGAAAUGGUUCCCGGUGGAGUGCCGGAGGACGCGGACGUGGCGCCGCCUCGGCGAGUUGCUGGGGCAGGGACGGCACCGGGCAGCUCGGGAAGCCGCCAGCCAGGCUUUGGGAGAGGAUCCCAGAGAUUUAAUGCUACGGAUUUAUAGAGCUGAAUCUUCUGCUGCCCUCCAAGAAUUUAAAUUUGCCCUGGAUGACCUAAAUGCUGUUAUCACUGAAAUUCCAAGUUGGCCUGAGGUGUACUUCAGAAGAGCAAAAAUAUUUCGUAGCACUGGCUCUGUAGAUGAUGCCUUGCAGCUUUUUCUUCACUGCCUGGCCCUUGAUGAAGGAUUUCUUCCUGCAAAGCUAGAGGUGGAAAAGAUGCUGUAUGCCUUACUGUCACCAGAAAAUGUGGGAAAACAUCUGAAGGAAUCUGCUUUGAGCUCUCCGCAUGCUCGAAGCAAACAUGUUUCUGAGAUGGAUUUAGAGCCAGAUUUAAGAGUACAACAAGUUACAUCAGAACCUGUUGGAGAAAACUUGUCUCUUGGGGAGUCCACCCGGUCUCUUAUCUCUACAGAAAAAAUUGCCAAAGAAGAUGGAUUAAAAAGGGUUUCUUCUGAACCUUUGCUUUCUGUCCAGGAGAAAGAUGUUUUCUUAAAAAGGAAGUUGUCACUUUCAGAACAAGAUUUUACAAUUUGUGAAGAUAGGAAUAAACAAACAAAAGAAGGAGAAACUACAGAAAAGGGCACUGCCAUUCUACUCGGUUGUGGAGCAGUUCCAAAGGAUUUGAUUGAUGUAUCAGACUUUGAGUGUUCACUUUGUAUGAGACUUUUCUUCCAUCCUGUGACAACUCCUUGUGGCCAUACUUUCUGUAAGAAUUGUUUAGAGCGUUGUUUGGACUAUGCUCCCCAGUGUCCCCUCUGUAAAGAAUGCUUGAAAGAGUAUCUGGCAAGUAGAAAAUACAGCAUAACUCACUUGCUGAAAGCACUAAUUAAGAAGUAUUUGCCUGCUGAGUUAGCUGAGAGAAAAAGGAUUCAUGAUGAAGAAACAGCUGAACAUUCAAGUUUGACUCGUAGUGUUCCAAUUUUUGUUUGCACUAUGGCCUAUCCUACUGUGCCUUGUCCUCUUCAUGUGUUUGAGCCAAGAUAUCGACUAAUGAUUCGAAGGAGUAUAGAAACAGGAACAAAACAAUUUGGGAUGUGUACCAGUGACCCGCAAAAGGGAUUUGCAGAUUAUGGUUGUAUGUUGUACAUUAGAAACAUUGACUAUCUGCCGGAUGGACGGUCUAUUGUUGAUACAGUUGGAUUGAAGAGAUUCACAGUUUUGCAAAGAGGGAUGAAGGACGGGUAUUGCACUGCAGACAUUGAGUAUUUGGAAGAUACAAAGAUUAAAGAUGAAGGUGAGACGAGGAAACUUGGAGAGCUUCAUGAUUUUGUGUACAGUCAGGCUUGCAGCUGGUUUCAAAGUUUAAGAAACAAAUUUCAUACCCAAAUCCUUCAGCAUUUUGGACCAAUGCCAGAGAGGGAAUCAAAUGUACAGGUAAUGAGCAGUAUAAUCACCAAGCAACUCCUAUCACCACUGUCUUAUCAGCUCAAUUUGCUUGUUUACUAGCCAAGCAAGUCAAUCUGUAAAGGGUGUGACAGAUGAUGUCACAAUGGUAAUAGGCAAAAAAGCGAAAAAAAGCAUCCUGAAAAAGAACAAACCACAAUCUGGUGUCAGGCUUUUUACACUUAAGGAAAUAUUAACACAUUUAGGUAACUAUUUUCAGAAACUAUAAUAUCAGGAAUCUACCGGUAUUAGGAUGCAAUUGGAGAUUUUUUUUAAUGCUUGAGUAAUUUUACUUGCCAUCAUCUUGAAAUUGUCUCUUCCCUGGGUUUGAUGGCGAAGACAGCUCAGGAAGUUGCACCAUGAGAAACCCUGUGCAGUACCAGUUCAUGCCCUAUCAUGUUCUCUUUCAACUUAUUGUUGCACUAGAGGCUAUAGAUUACUUUUUUGGUUGAAUUCAUAGGGAAAAACAGAAAUUUUGGGGAAGUAGAAAUGAUAUCUUUUUUUACUAAAACUAAACUUAUCUUACUGCACUAACAUUAAUGUUAUAAUUUAUAACUUAGCCUAUACUUUUCUGCUAUUUACAUAUUUGUGGAAUUUAAAAGCACAAAUGCCUAAUGUUCUAAAAAGUUGUGAACAUAUGCAAUAGCUGAGAGUUGCAUGCAGCUGCACCUGGUGCUACUUUAGCACAUAACGAUAAGAUUUUGUCACCUGAGGCAGGAAUAAAUAAAAGUAAACAAAUGCUAUAGUAAAACAUAAUGUUGCAAAUAUGUUGCACAUAAGAGUUAUCUUAUUCUGUAGUGUAAUUUUCAUACUACAGAUUCUGAAUGAGUAAAAACCAUUAAGAAAAAUAUUUUGGUUUUUUUAACAGUCGCUUAAAUUUCACAAUUUUCCCAGUGGAAAAGUAGGUAAAAAGUUUGCUGGAAAUGCUCAUUUCUUUCUGUCCCCCACCUUACCAGUUUUCUUACCAGGCUUUCAUGUCGAUUGAAGCAGAUAUUUGUAUAUUGUUCAGGGCAUUAAGCAAACUCUCGUCAUAAAACCAAAAUAGAUACUGUAAACUAUUGAGAGUAUUGCUGAAAACCAACUGCUCUGUAGCUUAACUAGCCCUAGAUUCAGUGGUUUUCAUUUCUGGCACUUGAGACCUCAAUCAUGCGCCCUUAAAAUCAUUGUGACAAAUUGAAAAACGGCAACUUUUUAACUCUAGAAAUGCAUGUUGGGAAGAGUGGUAACUUAAAAGGAUGUGUGUAGAUUUAGAAGAUGUAUGUUUAGCACCUGUGCUAUAUUACAAAUGUAAUAAUGCAUUUUGUUUCUUAC